AUGGCCAGCCACAUGGACCUGCUGACGGAGCUGCAGCUGCUGGAGAAGGUGCCCACGCUCGAGCGCCUGCGCGCCGCCCAGAAGCGCCGGGCCCAGCAGCUGAAGAAAUGGGCGCAGUACGAGCAGGACCUGCAGCACCGCAAACGCAAGCACGAGCGGAAGCGCAGCGCGGGCGGCCGCCGCAAGAAGGUGUCCUUCGAGGCCAGCGUGGCGCUGCUGGAGGCCUCGCUGCGCAACGACACCGAGGAAGUGCGCUACUUCCUGAAGAAUAAGGUCAGCCCUGAUUUGUGCAAUGAGGAUGGACUUACGGCCCUGCACCAGUGCUGCAUCGACAACUUUGAGGAGAUUGUUAAGCUGCUCCUUUCCCAUGGUGCCAAUGUGAAUGCCAAGGACAACGAGCUGUGGACGCCCCUGCACGCCGCGGCCACCUGCGGCCACAUCAACCUGGUGAAGAUCCUCGUGCAGUAUGGGGCCGACCUGCUUGCUGUCAACUCCGACGGGAACAUGCCGUACGACCUCUGUGAUGAUGAGUCUACCCUGGAUGUCAUUGAGACCUGCAUGGCCUAUCAGGGCAUCACCCAAGAGAAGAUCAAUGAGAUGCGGUCAGCACCCGAACAGAAGAUGAUUGGGGACAUCCACUGUAUGAUCGCAGCUGGCCAGGACCUUGACUGGAUAGAUGCCCAGGGAGCCACGCUGCUGCACAUAGCCGGAGCCAAUGGAUACCUGCGGGCCGCUGAGCUCCUCCUGGACCACGGAGUGCGUGUGGAUGUGAAGGACUGGGACGGCUGGGAGCCUCUGCACGCAGCUGCCUUUUGGGGACAGAUGCAGAUGGCAGAGCUCCUCGUAUCACAUGGGGCCAGUCUCAGUGCGAGGACAUCCAUGGAUGAGAUGCCAAUAGACCUGUGUGAGGAAGAGGAAUUCAAAGUCCUGCUUCUGGAGCUGAAACACAAGCAUGACGUGAUCAUGAAGUCCCAGCUGAGACACAAGUCGUCCCUGAGCCGGAGGACGUCCAGCACGGGCAGCCGGGGGAAGGUGGUGCGUCGAGCCAGCCUGUCGGACAGGACCAACCUGUACAGGAAGGAGUACGAGGGCGAGGCCAUCCUGUGGCAGCAGCGGAGUGCAGCUGAGGACCAGCGGACAUCAACCUACAAUGGGGACAUCAGGGAGACCAGGACGGACCAGGAGAACAAGGAUCCAAACCCCAGACUGGAGAAGCCCGUGCUGCUCUCUGAAUUUCCUACCAAAAUCCCGCGGAGUGAAAUGGACAUGCCAGUUGAGAAUGGCCUCCGGGCUCCUGUCAGCACCUACCAGUAUGCGCUGUCCAAUGGGGACGUCUGGAAGGUACACGAGGUGCCCGACUACAGCGUGGCCUAUGGCAACCCCGGCCUGGUUGAUGCCACCCCACCUUGGAGCGGCUACAAGGAGCAGAGCCCCCAGACGCUUCUGGAGCUGAAGCGACAACGGGCAGCGGCCAAGCUCCUGAGCCACCCCUUCCUCAGCUCCCACCUGGGCAGCAGCAUGGUCAGGACGGCCGAGGGCAGCAGCGAAGGCAAGGCCCCCUUGAUCGGAGGCAGAACUUCCCCGUACAGCAGCAAUGGGACUUCAGUGUACUACACGGUCACCAGCGGGGAUCCCCCACUCUUGAAGUUCAAGGCCCCCAUGGAGGAGAUGGAGGAGAAGGUCCAUGGCUGCUGCCGCAUCUCCUAG